AUGGUGAUCUCUUUCUUUUUUUCUUUUUCUUUUUUCUUUCUAUCUUUUUAUCUCUUCUUCUUUUUUUUUUUUUUUUUCUGUUCUUUUCUUUCUUUCUUUCUUUCUUUCUUUUCGAUUCUCUUUCUUUCUUCUUUUUCCUUUCCAAAUUUCUUAUCUCUUCUUUCAGAUUCUAUCUCUUUCUUUCUUUUUUCUUUUUUUCUUAAAAAAAAUACUUCUAUCUCUUUCUUUUUUUCCUUUCUUCUUAUCUCUUCUCGAACUCUUUCUUUUUUCUUUCUUUUUCUUUCUUUCUUUCUUUCUUAUUUCUUCUCUCGAUUUAUCUCUUCCUUUUACUCUUUUUUUUUCCUUUUUCUUCAUCUCGAUUCUUUCUUUCUUUCUUUCUUUCUUUCUAAAUUUCUUUUUUCGUUUCUAUCUCUUUUCUUUUUUCUCUUUUUUUUCUUUUCUUUCUCUCUUUCUUUCUUUUCUUUUUUCUUUCUUUCACUGAUUUUUCUCUUUCUUUUUUUCUUUUUAAUUUUUCUUUUCUCGAUAUCUAUCUUUUCUUUCUUUUUUCUUUUUUUCUUUUGGCAUCUUCUCUCGAAAUUCUAUUUCUUUUAUUUUUUUCUUUCUUUUUUUAUUUCUUUUCUCAAAAAAAUUCUUUCUACUUUCUUUCUUUCUACCUUUUUUUCUUUCUUUUCUUAUUUCUUCUCUCAUUCUUUCUUUCUUUUUUUUUUUCUUUCUUUCAAUUUCUUAUCUCUUUCUUUCGUUUUUUUUUUUCUUUCUUUCUUUCUGAUAACUUAA